UUGUAACUCGAUUGCAAGCAUAACUCGCCACGCAAACCGUUUGGUUGAAAUGGUGACACGCAGCUUAUAAGUGGGAAACGCUAAAUUUGAUAUUAGUUAAAACAUAAUCGUGUUGAUACCGGCUUCAAACGUUUCCUUCCUCGAGUCAAUAUCUAAAAAUCGUUCAAAAUGUCAGAAAAAACUUCACCCGAUACCGUCCCAGGACUUGGUUUUAAAGACAAGGAGAAGGCAUUCGAAACCCUAAAACUUUUGGAAGGUCGAGAUCCCGACUAUCAACGCCUGGCAAUUAAGGGUUUAAUAGGACGUGCAAAGCGCACUUUAACAUUAACAAAAGCCGAGGACAAAUUGCAAAACAUAAAAGAUGCAAUGGAAGUAUUCGAUAAAUGGUUACAAAACUUUGAGGACAUGAAUUUGGGCAAAGAGAAUAAGGCGUAUUUGCCUUUACCGAGCAUAAAAGUUCUGUCAUCCUUAUUUAAAAAGUAUGACGUGCAAGAUAAAUUGGCAAAAGAGUUUUUAGAGGCUUACAAAAAGGUAGGAGGCGAAUAUAAGCAUUUACGAACUGUAUCGAGCGGGGAGAACGAACCUACUUGGGAUAUUGUGCGUAACUCACAGCUGAAGAAUAUUCUCAAAGACAUUGAAGAGAAUAAACCGGAUAUGUGGGAUGAUGGCCUACCAACCGAGGAGCAUUUAAGGCUCAUCGCGUGGGCUUACAGUCCCGAAGCAAGUCAUAUUAAAAAGAAUCUCUCAAAGAUGGAAGAAAAACUUAAAGGGGACGACAGUAUGGAUGAUGAAGGUUCUGAAGAAGAAGAGUCGCCGAAGAAAAAUAGUAGCAAGAGAAAAUCGUCAUCGGGUUCAGAGUCAUCGGAAGAAGAAACACCCAAAAAGAAAAGCAAGAAAUGAAACAAUUUUCUAAUAAAGGUGUCGAUUUGUCAUAUUAUUGAUGUUACGGGUUCUAUCCUAUUAUACAACGUGUAUAUUCCGUAAUGAUUCGACAGUCAUCAUUAACAAACAAGAUUUUUUUGUUUUCUACUGCUGAUUUCAUAUACACAAACCUAAUUCUGAUGUUACCUAUUUAUACCCACUUGAAUGUUUACAGGUAUAAUAAAAGUUAUAAAUACGCUC